UAACAUAUUAAUACAAAUUUUAGGAACAAAAAAAAGUGCAAAUAAUGCAGUUAAAGCCCAGUUUCUUGGUAUUGCCAUUUUUAUUGUGUCUUGGCCGUGUUUGUGUGGGUAAAGAAAUACUCUUGAUCAUUUCCUGUCCACAACAAGCCGAAAUUAACUGUCGAGCACUGCGCGAAAGCCUGCUGCAACAACAACAACAACAACAACUAAACGAGGCAAUUCCAACGGAUUAUGAUUACGACAUUAAGGUGCACAUAUUGCAAGAACUAUUCAAUUAUUGGACCCUGCUGGACGCGCUGCCCUAUUUGCGAGGCCAGACACGUUUACUAAACACGAAUACCGAUUGGAUUAUUUGGUGCCAGCACAACACGCACGUCCCCUCGCUGCGUGGCCUGCUCGAGCAGCUGCAUCGUCGGGAUGCGCAAGAGUUGGCCUACUACGGACACGCGUUGUACGAUGCUGAGGCGACCAUUGUGCAUCAUUUUGCGAACUACAAGGAUCCAACAUGGUUUCCAUAUCCCAUGCUAAGUGCUGGCGUUGUUUUCACCGGCGCUUUGCUGCGCAGCCUGGUCGAACUUGUUGCUGUUAAUGCCCCGAAUGCCACAAGGCACAGCGAAUUUGCGAUAGAUGCGGCCCAUGAGCUGGCCCGAUUCAUUUUCGAUAAUUUAGCACCUGCCGUGCCAAAUGCUGAUGAUGAUGAUGGCAAAACUAGAAGCAGCAGCAGCAGCAGCAGCAGAAACAACAUCAACAUCGGCAAAAGAGACGUCGACUUUGUCGACAUGUUGCAGCGCAAAAUAAUUUUGAAAAGUGCUGACUACAUUUGUCCCUGGGCGAGAGUGUCGCCAGCCUGGUCGUUGGCAUCCUCAGAGACGACAGCGAAGAAGCAAGCGCCGGCGUCGGAGCCUCUGCCCUGUUUCUUGCAUGCAAAGCCGGAAGUGGCCGCUGGGAAUGCUGCACAUUGUGUGCACACAACUGGCGCACACAUCUAUUUUGCAAUCAAGACCUGUGCAAAAUUCCAUAAGGAGCGUAUACCAAUCAUCGAACGCACCUGGGCGCCCGAUGCCAUGCGGCGCAAAUACUACAGCGAUGUGGCAGAUGCCGGCAUACCAACAAUCAGCACGGGCCAAGCCAAUGUGCCGACAGGACAUUGUGCCAAGACAUUGGCUAUUUUGCAAUUAUCCCUCAAGGAUAUCAACGAGCAGGCGGACAUACGCUGGCUAAUGCUUGUCGACGACGAUACGCUUCUCAGCGUGCCCCGUCUGAGCGCCCUGCUGAGCUGCUACAACCACACGGCGCACAUGUAUCUGGGCGAACGCUAUGGCUAUCGGCUGUAUGCGCCGGAUGGCUUCAAUUAUCAUACGGGCGGCGCUGGCAUUGUGCUCAGCGUGCCGCUGGUCCGGCUCAUGGUGGAGCACUGCAGCUGCCCGGCGGCCAGCGCGCCGGACGACAUGAUAUUGGGCUACUGCCUGCAGGCGCUGGGCGUGCCGGCCGUGCAUGUGCCCGGCCUGCAUCAAGCACGGCCACAGGACUAUGCGCCGGAGCUGCUGCAGCUAAAUGCGCCCAUUUCGUUUCACAAAUACUGGCACACAUCGCCGGAGCACACGUACACGCGCUGGCUGGGCGGCACCUUGGCCAAUGCCAGCAGUGCGCGUCACGCGUCCCGUCCUUGCAAAGAUCGGCUGGGCACACCAUUGCAGCUGCACGGACGCGGCCUGCUGCAGCUGGCCAAUAUGGGUGCUGGCUGGGAGGGCGGCACCUCAAAGCAUCAUCUGGACCUCUAGUUUCAGAUCAGAUUAAAUAUCCAAAAGCAGGCAAUUGUUCAGAAGUCAAGACAAUGAAUUUAUCUAAAAGUGAAAUGUG